UUUUAGAUAUGGUUAAAUACGAAACUGUCAAAUUAGCCACUGGUGCCGAUUUACCGCUUUUUGGUUUAGGUACAUGGCUAGUAAGUUUUCCCAUUGUUCAGGGUGAAAUUUGUUCAAAAAUGAGGACUUGGCCUAAGGUGGAAUACCAACCAAGAAUUGAAGUGACAACGAAGAUGUCAUCAAUUUUUUAAGCCAUUAUUUUUAUAGCUGAUGAAUGGUUUGCUUAAUACUUAUUCACUUAUUCAAUUCCUAUUUGAUUUAAUUGUAAAUUUAGUUUUGUGAAAUGUAAUCUCAUUACCCAUAUGGAUCAUUCAUAUGGAUCAUUCAAAUAGUACGGUAAGUCCCAGUCAUAAAUAAAUCGUCCAUAAAUGAUUUGAUUGUAUUUAAGAAGAUUCUAUAUUCAAAUUGCUUUCCUAUCAAUAUUUCAGUCCAAUGAUCCGGUAGCUCUAACAACAGCAUUGAAGACAGCUCUGGAUGCUGGAUACCCGUUAAUCGACACUGCUUAUGUUUAUGGUAACGAAGCUGUCAUCGGGAAUGUACUCCAGGAAUAUUUUACUUCCGGCAAAUUAGAACGAAAAGAUAUCUUUAUCACAACAAAACUACCACUCAUGGUACAUAGACCAGGCGAGAUCGAAGAGUUGGUGAAGAAACAGCUGAAAGAUUUGCACGUGGAUUAUUUAGAUCUUUAUCUUGUCCACUGUCCCUGUCCAUGUAAACAUCGGCCUGGCGACACACCGGAUACCUACAAACUGUUAUUGGAAGAUGGACGUGUGGUUCCCGAACUGAUUGACCAUAUCGAAACCUGGAAAGUGCUGGAAAAAUUGUAUAAAGACGGAAUAUUGAAAGCUAUCGGAUUAUCCAACUUCAAUGAGGAACAAAUGCAAUAUGUUCUCGAUCAUGCAACUGUAAAACCACAUAAUUUACAGGUCGAGACACAUCUCUACUGGCCGCAAAAGGAACUUCAUGAAUUUUGCAAGAAAAAUAACAUAACAAUGACAAGCUAUGGGACACUUGGUUCACCUGGACGAACAAUUUUCAAUCCGGACUUUACCUGGCCCACUGGUGAACCCAUGAAGGAUCCUCUAGUUUUACAACUAGCCGAGAAAUAUAAAAAAUCACCAGCCCAGGUGCUUCUGCGUCACAUGACACAACGUGGUAUUUCUACUAUUCCGAAAAGUAUUAAUCCUGAUAGAAUACUUGAAAAUUUCAAUAUUUUCGAUUUUAAGUUAACGGAAGAGGAAGUCAAGCAACUGGAUGACGUAAAGACACGUGUUCGUCUUUUUCUUUUUGAUAUGUUUUUCGAUCAUCCAUGGUAUCCAUUCAAAGAUGUCGAUGUGUCAAAGAUGAAGCGCGUGUACCUCAAAGAUUGAAAUCAAAUGAUAAACGAAGCAUUCUCGAUAAUUACAACAAGGACUAUCUCAGUCUUCUCUGUACCGCUUUUUUUAUUCAUUUUAUUACGCCACAAGAGGUCGUAAUACAUGACUUAAUCAAAAUAUUUGGUUCCGUUCUUCUUUUUUUCUCAAUAUCACUUAUAUUUCAAUUGGCAGAUCAGAAAUUACGGGGUUUCAUGUUAUUUCUGAUGAAUUUCUAUAAUGUUUUAAUGUAUUUUAAUAAAUUUUAC